AUGUGUCCCUGGUUUCUAUCUUACUCCCGACCUCCUGAAGACAUUGUGACUGGGAUCCCCCCAUACUUCUUCCCCGAGAGCCAACCAUUAUCUGAUACCACCGGACGGGAGAAUGAGGGCCUGCCAUCGAAAAAACCGAAAAAAAAGGAACGCUUCGACUGGACCGGCUCCUGGGUCUGGGAGAUAGCAAGUGCCACGUCCAGCGUGAUCUGCAUCGCAUUACUGAUGGGCUUCCUCGCCUAUAUCAACGGCGCUUCCUACGAGGACUGGCAGUACCACAUCUCCCCUAACGCGGUGGUAUCCGUCAUCGCAACAGCAGCCAAGGCCGCAAUGAUCAUCCCCGUCUCGUCUUGUCUCGGCCAAAUCAAGUGGAAUCAAUACCGUUCCCACACCCACACCCCGCUGUACCAUAUGCAAGUGCUGGACCAAGCCAGCCGCGGGCCCUGGGGUGCAUGCGAGGUGCUCUGGACAGUGACUCCGGGCCUUGCAACAGCCGGCGCGAUCCUCAUGAUCCUCUCCGUCGCCAUCGACCCCUUCUCGCAGCAGAUCCUGGCCUUUCCCUCGCGCAACGUGGCAGCCGGGAAGAACGAAACUGCAUUGAUUCAAAAAACGCAUGAAUACUCACCCCCCUGGGCGUUGAACGGCUCCGAUACUGUCAAUAUUAACAAUAUUCUUGUAACCCAAACCCUAAGCUACAACCUCGACGCACCCUUACUAGUCGCCAUCCUCAGCGGCCUCUCCCUACAAAACAAACCCCUCGACCCGGUCUGUACCACAGGAAGAUGCAGGUACCCCGACUUCGUUUCCCUAGGCAUCUGCAGCGACUGCUUCGACGUAACCCAGCAAACGACCCAAAAAUGUUCAGCAUCCGGCUCAGGCUCCUGGUUCGGACACGAAUGGUCCCUAGUCCCCGACAUGUGCAACUACACCUCACCCAAUAACUUCACCUUUGCCGCAACCCCCAAACAUUUCGGUAUCGAUGAUGAUGGCUACACGGCGGUCCAAAACCCCUGGACAUCGCGAACUAGGGCCGACGGCGCGCGCAUCUGGGGGAUCCAGAACCCCAUUCUCUCUUUCUUUGGCGCAAAGUACCCCGGCGCAUCCCUCUGGACCCUCGAUAACUAUACCCGUCCUGAGACCAAACCGGCCAUGACGGAGUGUACGGUCUAUUUCUGCGAGAAAGAGUAUACGCCGAAUACCUUUAUCCCGGGACAUUCGAUUCAACCGAGUCGAACGCAGCAGCUCCUGCGGGACCUCACACCGCCGAAGGAAACCAAACCGUUAUCCUCGGAUGCAGCCUACGUAUUUAACGAGUUGACGUUUGCGGCCUUGGUAAAAGCGCUAGAGAAUCUUUUGAAUACGACAAUCGCCGCGGAUGAACAUCCUAGCGAUCUGGACAUCUCCACCAUCCUCUAUACCCAGGAUAAUAUCUCCGAAUCUAUCACAGCCAUGGCGGACAGUAUGACGGAUGUGAUGCGCAGGGGCAAGAAGGCUGUCAUGGUGGAGGGGCAGGCGCUACGCACGGAGACUUUUAUCCACGUUCGAUGGAUGUGGAUUAUCUUUACAGCAACUAUUGUGACUUUGUCGAUCGUCUUGCUCGCUGCCACGGUGAUAGUGAGUCGGGGGCCGGGUGUGGUAUUGUGGAAGUCCUCGGUGCUGCCGUUGCUUAUCAGUCAUGUUCAGCCACGCCCAGAACAUGAUAUGCACCCAAUACGGAAUGUAGAUGAGCUAGGGCGGAUCGCAAAGAAGACGAAGGUUUUGAUGGAGGAUGAGCCGAGGAAACUCUUAUUUGUAGAAAAUUAG